GACCAGUUAUGAAUCCCUCUUGGCCCAGAGUCAAUUGGAGAGAGGCUAUAAAACAAGAGAGCUCUCUCACGCCUUUACAUUGGCCACCACAACAUGGCUUUUCUUCCCUUGUUGCUGCUUGUGGCAAGCUUCAUCCCCAGAAAUAAUGCUAACCACCAUGAAGAAUGGAUGGGGUGCCUCCGUGACCCUGACUAUGAGGAGCUGCUAAACAUUGCCAAAAAUGGGCUGAAGAAGACUUCAGACCCAAAGAUUGUUGUGAUUGUUGGGGCUGGAAUAAGUGGGCUCACCGCUGCCAGGUUACUGAAGGACGCUGGCCACCUGGUUUAUAUUCUGGAAGCCAGUGACCGCGUUGGGGGUCGGAUAAAGACCUAUCGAGAGAAGGACUGGUAUGUGGAGUUAGGCGCUAUGCGCCUGCCCAAGCACCACCGAAUUAUUCGUGAAUAUCUUAAGAAAUUCAACCUCUCAUUAAACCCAUUUGUCCAGACGGAUGAGGAUGCCUGGUAUUUGAUUAGAAACCAAAGGCAGAAGGUGGCAGCUGUGCAUGCAAAUGGCAACCUUUUUGGAUACCAGCUGGAGCCCAGUGAGAGGGGAAGGAGCCCUGACGAACUCUAUACCAGAACACUGGAUAAGGUAACUAAAAACUGCACAAUUUUGAAGGAGAAAUAUGACUCUUAUACCACCAAGGAAUAUUUAAUUAAAGAAGGACAUCUGAGUCGAGGGGCAGUGGAUAUGAUCGGUGAUCUUAUGAAUGAAGAAUCCGGAUUCCACAUGUCAUUCCUUAACUCUGUCUUGGAAUAUGUGAUUUUUUCAGAUGAUGACAGUUUCGAGGAAAUCACAGGUGGAUUUGACCAACUUCCCAAUGCCUUCUACCGAGAAAUGCCUGGAACCGUCCGUCUCAACAGCAGAGUAGAGAAGAUUGUUCAGUCGAGCCAUAAAGUGAGGGUGCUUUUCCACACAACGGGCAAAAGUGCCCCAACGUGGCUGAGUGCCGAUUACGUCCUUGUCACAGCGACAGCCAGAGCCACCCGGCUCAUCAAAUUCUAUCCUCCCCUUUCUCAUGAAAAGGCUCGUGCCUUGCGCUCCUUCCAUUAUGCAAGUUCAACUAAGGUUGCCUUGGCGUGCACUGACAGGUUUUGGGAGAGAGACGGGAUUCGAGGUGGGAAGUCUGUCACUGACCAUCCAUCCCGAAUGAUCUACUAUCCGAACCACGAUUUGGCCAGUGGUCUUGGGGUCCUCCUGGUUUCUUACACCUGGCACGAAGAUGCUAAUUUCUUUCUUCCCCUCAGUGAGGAAAAGUGCAUAGAUGUGGUGCUGGAUGACCUGUCAGAAGUGCACAAUAUCUCCAAAGAUUAUCUCAAAUCUGUCUGCAAAAGGCAUGUGAUUCAGAAAUGGGCCCUAGACAAAUUUUCCAUGGGGGCUUUUGCCUCUCCCACUUCCUACCAAAUCAGUCACCUUUUUAAAGGCUUGUUUCAAAAUGAAGGGAGGAUCCAUUUUGCCGGAGAACAUACAGCUCACCCUCAUGCUUGGAUUGACUCUGCCAUGAAAUCUGCAAUAAGAGCAGCAAGUGCCAUUCACCUUGGGACUAGUAAGCCACCAUUCUAGAAACUGGGAAAAUAAGCUUUUGUUCUAUCUACCCUUCAAGAGAUGUGUUGGCUACUUGGUGAAACUUCCCUAUUUUUUAACCAAAUUUCCUAUUUGUUCUAGGAAUAAUAAUAAACACUAAUCAAAUGCCAUCUUUCUGUCUUCUUGAAGGUUUUAAGUUGAAUGUCCACAGUGCACUAAAAGCUUCAUUUUAUGAUUGCAUACUUGACUAGUGGUGGUAGGGAGCAUACACAGCCCCUCUGCUUAGUUUCAAGGUUUUUGUGGUAGUAGUACAGUCUUUGUCAAAAAAAAUCAUCAACAUGGGUGGGCCAGAUGAUGAUACAACUCUGCUGCUUCAUAAUCAGUGGAAAUGUACUGUGAAUUGUAUUUUUUUGUGUGUUGAAAGCUAAUAAAUAAAUAGCGAGGACAGCUGUGACAAAA